UCUGACCUCUUGACUGUGUGAUAAGUCAGUCUAUACUGUGGGAAAUCUGAACACUCUGAUGUAGGCUACUUUGGAAACUUUUUGAACGCUCUCACACUGAGCCGAUCGCCUUUGCGCAUCCGCCCUUCCUCCCUCCUCCGUGAGGAACACGCCCCAGCCCUCCUCUUGCACUCGGUGCUCCUGCCUAUCUGUCUCCACACUGAUCCGUGGGGUGCUGAAGGAGGGCGCUCCGGACUACUUCAGCAAGGCUUACUGAGAGAAAAGCAAUGAUGUCGCCUCCUAAGGACGCCUACUGACUGUUUCUUUUCGCAUGCUCUUUGCGCACCUGGCUGUCAGAGCGGAUCGUCCGGGUCGGAGCCCUCCUCGCUUCUACAUCCGCCUCCGAGGGAGAUGAGGAGAGGCUUUCUGAUCUCCGCUGCAUCCCGGCUCUUCCUCCUGAGCGCCUGGCUGGAAGGGUAGCCGCUGUGUCCCGAGGAGCAUGCCGAACAGAUACUGGAUCUCUGUGUGCACAUAAAGACGUAUCCAGGUGCAAAUCAUCACCUCUGGCAGUCAUGAGGAAUAGAGGGCUGAAGACGCAGUCCUGAAGAUUGAUGGAGGGCCAUGCUAUUCAAACAGCAGGCAUUGCUGAGACAGAAGCUCUUCGUUCUGGGCAGCCUUGCUAUCGGAAGUGUCCUCUAUCUCGUAGCCAGGGUUGGGACCUUGGAUAGGCUACAACCCAUUUGCCCCAUUGAGAGCAGACUGCCCCCUCCUGAGCCAGAGCAAAUCCCACUCCGCACACUGCAGUUUAAGCGUGGCCUGCUCCACGAACUACGCAAGGGCAAUGCCACCAAAGAGCAAAUCCGCCUGCACAACUUGGUCCAACAGCUGCCUCGGGCCAUCAUCAUCGGGGUGCGCAAGGGGGGCACCCGCGCCCUGCUGGAGAUGCUCAACCUGCAUCCGGCAGUGGUCAAGGCCUCGCAGGAGAUCCACUUCUUUGACAAUGACCAAAACUAUGCCAGGGGCAUCGACUGGUACAGAGAGAAAAUGCCCUUCUCCUUCCCUCACCAGAUUACCAUUGAGAAAAGCCCUGCCUACUUCAUCACAGAGGAGGUCCCUGAACGCAUCUUCAAGAUGAACUCUUCUAUCAAGCUGCUGAUCAUCGUGCGCGAGCCCACUACCAGGGCUGUGUCCGACUACACGCAAGUGCUGGAGGGCAAGGAGCGCAAAAACAAGACCUACCACAAGUUUGAGAAACUGGCCAUCGACUCCAAUACCUGCGAGGUAAACACCAAGUACAAAGCAGUGCGAACAAGCAUCUACACCAAACACCUGGAGCGCUGGCUGAAGUACUUUCCAGUGGAGCAGUUCCACAUCGUGGACGGAGACCGCCUCAUCACGGACCCGCUGCCGGAGCUGCAGCUCGUUGAACGUUUCCUCAACCUGCCGUCAAGAAUCAGCCAGUAUAACUUGUACUUCAAUGCCACCAGGGGAUUUUACUGUCUGCGAUUUAACAUUGUCUUCAACAAGUGCCUGGCAGGCAGCAAGGGCCGCAUCCAUCCAGAAGUGGACCCAUCAGUGGUAACUAAACUGCAGAAGUUCUUUCACCCCUUCAAUCAGAAGUUUUACCAGAUCACUGGUAGGACAUUCAACUGGCCGUGAUGAGUUUUGGACUCCUAUGAGAUCCCUUGGAUUGGUGUUUUUUUUUUUUGUUUGUUUAUUGUUUUUUUUGUUUGUUGUUUUUUAUGCCAAGCUACAAGAUCUCAAAAGAUAAUAACAGCACUUUGACUGAAUUUAAUACCUGACAGUGUGACCAAAUAUAAAAGAAACUUGAUGUUUUUAUGUGCGUGAUAAUAAAAAAUAGUUUGAUGGUUUAACAAAAAGAUUCAGUUUAAAGCACUUGAUCUUACAAAUUAAUUCACCUGUCACUGUUGCCCAUAAAGAGAAAAAAAGAGGUACUUAACUGUGUGAUUAACUGAAGAGAUUAUUUUUGUCGCUCUGUAAAAGACUAUCAAACACUGACAUUCAUGCUGUUAAGAUAAGCUUUAAGUGUGGUGCAUUUACUAUAAUUAAACUCCUUAAAAGAUGAUAAAGUGACAUUUGGUAAACAACAAAUUUGUUCAUUCAUUCCCCAUCAUGUUAUUUAUUUGACCAAGACUGCAUGUGCAAUCAAGAUGCCAUUAUAAAAUUUUAAAGAUUUUGGUAUUAGUUGUCUUCUGUUGUCAGUUCAUAUUAGUUUUUAUCGCAUUUAUUUUUAAUUCAUGUUGUGAUUACUCUAUUAGAAGUUGAUCUCCUUUAACUUUUAACAUAGUAUCUAGUCUGAGGAUCAAAACAGGUUCAUCUGAACAUAAGCUGGUGUUUUUGAACUUCACUCAAAUCAUUUACAAAACUUCAAGGCAUUUAAGAUUCCAGCUUGUGUCUUUCAUGUAAGUAUGUUGUUUCCUCCCUCUACAGCUUCGGUUUGUGAAAUACCUGACAGAAGAGUCAUUUUGAAAAAUACUGUCCUCUGAUUCCUGUCAAACCAAAAGCGUACUCUAUGAUGAUUAGCAAAAUUUGUCUGUUUCUGUCCAAAUAUUCAUUCUGUAUCAUAUGUGUGUUGUUAAAAAGGUGAAAUUAAAAGAACAU